AUGACAAACCAGUCCAACAUAUUAGCUACCGCUCGGAGAUUUAUUGUUCCUUUCUUUGUAAUAUUAGGAUUUGGAUAUUUCAAUUACGCAUUGAACUAUUCAUUAGGCUAUAAUGAAAUAUACAAACAUCAUUCCCAUGCAUCAGCUAUAGUCUUGUGGUGUUUAACAGGAUUUUGUGAAUUCUGUGUUCUAAUAUAUUGGGCUUUGAUAUUAUAUGUGGGUCCUGGUAUAUCACCUAAAUUUCCUCAAUGGAAUUUAUUUCAGAAUUCAGAACUUGAAAAUGAAUUGUUACCAACACCUGAUAUAUUCUUUUGUGACGAAUUUGGAUAUCCAUACUACGAUUCUCAUACACAAUCAAUGAAGAUCGAUCGUUCUUUUUAUUCCAAAUAUUUUGAACAUGUAAUUUUAAAAUAUGAUCAUCAUUGUUUAUGGGUUGGAACAAGUAUUGGCCUCACGAAUUAUUUGUAUUUUUUAAAAUUUUGUUUUUGGUUUCUUGCAUUAUUCAUUAUUAUGUUGAUUUAUUCAGCUAAGUAUACUAGAUCUACAAUUGCUAGAGGUGAAAUAAAUCACAAUUUAAUUCCUAUUUUUAUUGCAUGCGGGCUUUGGAUUCCAAUGAUUGCAGGAUUGUUAGUAACUCACAUACGAUACGUUUGUUUGAAUAUGACCACUUUAGACGACAUUACAUUGAACCAAAGAAAUAGAUAUCGGAGGUACAAGGAUAGAAAGAAGCAGAAAAGUUCCCCAAUAUGUCCUCAACCCAGAAAACCUCGAAAAGAAAAUGGAGAUAGAUAUGUGAGUGUAAAAAAAGAAGAUUUUAGGUUGAUCAUAAAAUUUGAUAUUAAGGAGCGUCCUUUUGAUAUGGGCUUCAAAAAGAAUUGGAUCAAUUUAAUAUUUAAUGGAAACAGGAAUAAUGGAAAAUCAGAUGAUUACUAUACAACUAAAAAAUUUGUAUAUGGCUUGAUCAUAUUUAUGUGUCCCUUCGUGGAACUUCCACUUGAAUUUCAACAAAGAAGGAGAAUACAUUAUGAUCCUGAAAUGAAUUUUAAACCGAUUGAUAACAUAAAAGCUGAAUAUGACUACUAUUCAAGUGAUUUAAGCCCUCAGUUUCUAAAAAUGAUUCAAAUGAAAAUUGAUAAGAAGGACUGCUACAUUCCUAGCUAUUUAAAUUAUAAAGAGUAA